AAUGCGUCAAGGGGUUCAGUCGCUGGUGGAGUUGACUGUGGUGGCUGUGGCGCUCUACACGCCAGUGCAGGAGCUGCUAGAAUAUGUGGAGUUCCUACCCAGCCGUAUCCGCGACCAGUUGUUCCGUGAGUUGUCCAAUUUCCGGCUGCGUGAGAUGGAGAUGGCGUGGGAGGCGGCUGCACAACAGGAGCCACCGGAACCUCGUGAUGGAUACGAACCCCAGGCCGGUGACAAGUUCUUGUUCGACCGAGAAACACAGCGUGUAUGGGAGCAGCGUAUGAACACAGCGAGAUUGGGCUACGGGCCGAUCUCCAUUGAGAACACGGCAGCUGCACACGGACGCAGACGCAACACGCGACACGUGUUCUGGGAGCACCAAUUUCGUUCUUUGCUCAAACUGCGUACGCCGCUGAAGCUUGCUGGACCAGUAGAUGUUCUAGCGAAGUGCCAGAAGCUUUUUGUAAACGUCGUGGAGGUGCUAAAGGUGCACGGCCGCGAAGUCUGCGAAGAUAAUGUGAAGCUGAUCCUUGCUCUUCGAAAGCUGCGAAGACUUGAAGUGCACCAUCCAGAGCAGCAAAAUACGUGCUGGAAGACUAUGGGAAAAUUGAUUCAGGAGCAUUCGCACCUAACGGAAUUGGGCUUCUUUCAUGGCAAGUUGAGUGAUAACCAAAUUGCUCAGAUCCGGAAUACACUGGUUGUAGUGAAGGCAACGCCGACAUUAGACACAAAGUUGGAUGUCAGUAGAAUCACGACGUUGGAGCUGGUCUCGGUGAAGAUUCGUUCAGAAGGAUUUCGUCAAUUGGUGGGUCUCGUGAUGGCCAUACCGCAGCUAACCCAGUUGAGGCUGAGCAAUACUAUCACGGAUUUUGACACGAAGCUGCUCAUCGACGCAGCAUUUCGUGCUCCAAAGCUACAGCGUCUCUUCUUGGAACAUAACGAGUUAGAAGAUGACGCAUUCAUUGGUCUCACCAAAGUGCGAAAGCCACUGGCAUUACGACACCUCCGUCUUAGCGACAAUGACGUGUCGUCUACAACCGUGAGGGCGAUCUGCGGCGCUACUAUGGAUGGUGUACUGAAUCUACAGCGACUUGAAUUGGCCAACAACGUACAGAUCGGCGACCCGGGCAUCCACGCAUUGACACCAAUGCUGGCUUCUCCAGAUACUGAACAGGCCGCUGCGUUGACGCAUCUAGACGUUCGUGGGUGCAAUUUUGGACUCGAAGGUGCCACCAAUCUGCUGUUGGCGUUGGGUCAGAACAAGACGGUCAAGCAUUUGAAUGUCGCUCAAAAUUUCUUCGAUGUUGGCUUUGGCGAUGUGCUUGCAGACUUCUUGCUUACCAACGAAUCAGUCACACAUCUACAAGCGAAUGGAGUUGGACUGGGACUAGCUGGUGUGUCUGCUCGAUUGUUGACUGCGUUAGAGAGCAACACCACUCUUACGUCUAUCUCGAUGGGAGCCAAUCGGUUACGAAAUGAUGGUGCCGCCGCAAUAGUUCGAUCACUGGUAAAGCGAGCUCAGGUGAAGCCAUUCACAUUGGUCGAUUUAAGCGGAAAUCUACUCACAUUGAAUGGAUUGGCGACGAUAGCUGACAUCCUGGAAAAUCUCACUAGCACCAAUGCCAGAUACACUGGUAGCUCUACAUGUAGAAGGGAUAGCAUCGAUGGAGAAGAUCAGAUUGAUCGAAAGCGCCAGCGUACCUAUAGCGUGGACAAUCAUAAAGACUCGCUGAGUCCACGAAUCACCUGCAGCAAACCCAUCGAAGAGCUUUGUCUGCUGAAUAAUGACUUUAUCAGGAACGACGAAUAUGUGGGUGACAGUUCAAUGCUAGUCGAAUCCAUUCGACGCUGCGUGGGCCAUUUCAAGAGCAAUGAAUGGGCAACACAGCACCAAGUCUACGACGAUGAAGUGUAGAUCAAUAGAAAUGCAUGUACUGACACUCAAUAUGUACCAUUGCAGCUUGAGGAAUUCGUUCAGAUUACUACAAUGCUCCCACACGGCUUCAAAAAGUUGGUUGACUACAAUAUAAUUCUCUCGUAGACAACUUGGACGUCCAACAAACAGCAACAAGUCUUACACCA